GGAGAACAUACACGCAGUUGAUAUUGCACGACGUUCACGUUUCAUUCGACAGUCCGAACUACGUGCGCUCGGUCAAAGUGAUUUAUUAAUUAAUGUGAUGUUUUCUGUAGGCAAAAACGAGAAUGCCAAUACAGGCACCACAGUGGACUGAAUUUCUUUCUUGUCCUGUUUGUUGUCAUGACUUUGAUGUGGCUAUUCGUGGUCCCAUAUCCUUAGGAUGUGGACAUACAAUAUGCCGAACAUGCUUGGCCAACUUACACCGAAAACAAUGCCCCUUUGAUCAGAGUCCUAUCAACACAGAGAUCGAGAAGUUACCAGUAAACGAAGCUCUACUGCAAUUAGUGGGCAAUUCAGUGCCAAGCAACAAUGCAUCAACAACAUUUCAAUCACUUUUAUCCCCUGAAGAUUUCACUCACUACUUGGUGGCCAAACGUUGUAUUGAGGAACUUGCACUGUACCUCAAACCAUGUCAAGCAAUGCCAAACAAUGCGACCGGUAUUGGUUUAGUAUCUAGACCAAUGCAAAGAAAACUAGUAACUCUGGUCGGAUGUCAACUGGUAGAACCAGAGGGUAGAGCAAGAGCUGUCAGAGCAGCAAGAAGCUUAGGUGAAAGAUCUGUCACAGAAUUAAUUCUGCAGCAUCAAAAUCCACAGCAGUUGAGUGCCAAUCUUUGGGCUGCUGUUAGAGCGAGAGGAUGUCAAUUUCUUGGACCUGGUAUGCAAGAAGAGGUGCUAAAACUCGUGCUUUUGGCUCUCGAGGACGGCUCUGCUUUAUCGCGAAAAGUAUUAGUCAUGUUUGUAGUGCAACGCCUCGAGCCUCAUUUUCCUCAAGCUUCAAAGACCAGUAUAGGACACGUAGUACAGUUGCUCUACAGAGCCAGUUGUUUCAAGGUAUCAAAGCGCGAAGGCGAUUCAUCGUUGAUGCAAUUGAAAGAGGAAUUCCGUACAUAUGAGGCGUUGCGUCGCGAGCACGAUGCUCAAAUAGUCCAGAUUGCCACCGAAGCUGGACUAAGAAUUGCUCCAGAUCAAUGGUCGGCAUUGCUUUAUGGCGAUACCAGUCACAAAUCCCAUAUGCAAAGUAUCAUUGACAAACUACAGACACCUCAAUCGUUCGCCCAAAGUGUACAGGAACUUGUUAUUGCUUUGCAAAGGACACCGGAUCCUGGACAACUAAGCAAUUUGAGAACGCAUUUAGAAUUGUUAGCAGCUAUUGAUCCCAGUCCAGAAUUAGAGCCACCAUGUUGGGCGGAAUGUCGUGCAGCUUUGGAAGCAAUAAAGAUCGUAGUGACAGCACUUGUAGAAUUCAUUCAACAACAUGGUAACCGUAAAUCUCAGGAUGGUCCUCACAACACUGGUCAAUCCAAGUACAAAGUCAGCAUGUGUCGGGAUUUAGCUUUGCGUGGUUCGUGUCCACGAGCAAGCAGUUGUACCUUUGCUCACAGUGAUCUCGAGCUUGACAAGUACCGUUCAAAGAAUCGCAAACUUGGUCCUAGAGUAAAUUUGUCACUCAAUGGAACUGCUGAUGGAAAGAACGAGAAACAGCUGGUUGUUACGACUGGCAUUGGAGUUGGUAAAGGAUUCAAACAUUGCAAAGAUGUUGUUAAUAAUUUUAACAAGAAUCAUGACAAUUCGCAUAGAGAUACUUUCAACCAGCUACACAAGAACAAUCCAGUACAGCAAUCGCCAAUCAAUAACGAUAACUUCAUUGGUUCGCUGACUAACUAUAUGUUACCUGGAGCACAAAAUGUAUCGCGUUUGAUACCUCAAAAAGAUAUUCAGUGCGGACAUUACAUCAUGUCCGCAGGUAGUGGCCCGUUGGAUUAUGCAGCGGCAAAUUUACAUUUGUGGGAUCCAUCACAAGUCGCCCCCGCGAUGCAAAACGUCUAUCCUAACAACAAUAAUAACAACAAAAAACAGAGAACAGCAGCUAAAACGCUUGCCGUGCUAUUGCAACGUAGGAUGGAGAUAAUUAAUCAGUUGGAGAAUCUUGUUGGCAAACAGACUCCUACUCAAAUGAAAGCGAAUUUUUAUGAUAUUCAGAAUGAUCCUUUUAAUUCGAAUCAUUCGAUUUGGACUAAUGCUGCUGCUAAUCAGACGACCCAGACUAGUAAUAUUAAUUUUGCUAACAAUUAUAUUUGCAACGAUCCUUUAUUGUACGAUGAUGAAUUUGUACCUUUCGACGCUUCUUCGGCUAAUAAGUAUGGCCCAAUUUCAAGAUUAUCAAAAUCCAUCCUAAGACCGACAAACGGAGUCCAGCAAAACGGUAUUUAUAACGAUGGAAUGACUAACUCUAUUUCAACACUGCGACCUGUGCCUGCGUCUAGUCCUAUAAAUUCUCGACUGUAUAAUCAACCAGCUUACACAGCUAUCGGAACUAAUGGUGGAAUACAGCAGAUUCCAAAUUCUGGUUUCAGUGAUAAUUGUAUUACUUUGAGUCGCAAUAUAACCGAGACUAAUUCUUCGUCAAUACCAAUUCCCCGCCAAGAUUGCAUGUCAAAAGACAUUAUAAUUGAGUCACAAAAAGUUAAGCAGCAACUGAAAAAUUUAGAAAAGAAAAUCAAUGACUUAAAGCUCGCCACCCAAGGAGCGACAUGUACCGAAGGUGAAAGGUUAACACAGGAACUGCAAAUGAUUGAAGCUGGAAUUCGUGAAAAAGAAAAGGAUGUGUGCAAUUGGAGUCCAUAUAGUAACACAGCAUGGAUUCAACCUCCUGUUAACCUAAUUUCGAGUCAAAAUUUGAACAAAGAUUUCAAACCUGAUGAGGAGGAUGCAUACGAGGCGGAUAUUGCAAAUGACAUGCGGGAGUUCGAGUUACGAUGGGAAUCCGAGCUACAGGAGCAUGAAAAGCGUUGGUCCGAGGAGGAAGAGAUAAAGAAAGUGUAAAAAAUUUCAACAACGUUUGCUUGCAAGCUCUUAGAUAUUAUCAAAGUUAACUAGUACACUGUCGUACUCCGUGUUGCUAUUGUUUGAUUUUUAUUCAACAAAAUUAAUAUCGUAGGAUGAGUUAGACGUAUGUUGCACAAUCUAUACAGUACUGUAACAAUGCGUUUCAUCCGUCAGUUAUAGUUAAUGAUAAAGGCAAUUUUUUUCUUUUUUUUAAUUAAAACGUUACCAAUCGUAUGCUAUUUUUUUACAAUAUUUCCGUGUUAUGUUUAACGCUUUUGUUUAAUCAUAAAUCGAUAACACUUCUGUUUAUUUAUGAACAGAGGCAUUAUUGAAACAUUUAUUAAAAUGCAAUCCGAAAUUGUUGCAGUAUUGUUCUAAUAGAGUCACAAUAUACGCUUAGAUCGAAUGUUUAUCAAUUUUUUGUUUGUACAUAGUCUUUGAAAAUCGUACAGAAUUUAUAUCAUUCUAAUGAUAUAUAACCAUAAUUUUUUUUUUUUCGUUUCCCUUUCAAGAAAAAUUUACUGCUACUCCGUCAAAGUACGAAUUUUAUAGGGAAAAUAUAAAACAACCUCAAUGAGGUUAAAUACCAAUAAAAAUUAAUUUAUUCGUACUUUUGACCGUAGAGUCAAGGUGUAGAACCGUAACUUAAUGAAAACAGAAAUUAAAUAUCUAAGAGAAAUUGAUACGUUAAUGACGGUUGCAUUUUAGAGUCCGGAAAUUCCACAGAAUUUUUUGACUUCAAAAUGUCAUUUGUAGUCAUUGAAAAAUAGUUUAUAGUGUUCGAAGAAAAAAUAAUAAAAAAUUGUUUUACAUAAGCAAAACGUAUACAUGGGUGGCGUAUAUAGAAAACUCGAAGAUUUGUUAAAAUUUAACAGAAAUUAAUUGUCAAUGUUUUAUAAACAUGGCAGAGUGUAGUAUAUUUAUUUAUAUAUAUCUCUAUGCAGGUAGGGUGAAACUCAAUGGUAUCGCUAUGAUAUGUAAGGGGCGGACGAUGAACAAUAUAUAUAUACAUAUAUAUAUGUAUAUAUAUAUAUAUAUAUAUAUAUAUUAUACGUUUGAUAACCUGGGUCAAAAAAUGGUUACGUGAAAAUAUAUAUGAAUACAUUUUAUGUAGAAGAAAAUUGGAUAUUAAUGUUGAAAGUAUAAUUAGCGUACGAAGAAUCAAAGUUUCUCGAGAGAAAUCUUGAAAUUCUAUUGAAAAGUGUGCGUUAUUAUUUUUCCACUAAUCUCAUUGUAAUAACUAUGGAAUUCAUAUAUUUAAUAUAGUUUCGAAAAGAUUCAUAUAAUCAGAUCUAAUAUUUAUCUCAAUUUUUGUAUAAGAAGUGAUUACCUUCACGAUUUAUCUUUAAUAGACUUUUCUAAUUUCAAGGUUUCAAUCGUCCCGAUUCAACAUAAAUUAUUGUAAUAAUUACAUUUAUUAAAGAAAUUCUUAUAUUAUUGUAGUGAGCGAUAGUCUCUAUGUGGAUUGGAAUAGUUCUUUGGGAAUUAAGCAUGCUAAUUUUAUCACUUCCGAAAACUACAUUUUACAAACAUUGCCGUGAAAAAAAUUUAUAAAUUUGUAUAAAACGCAUGAAAAGAAAUUCAAAAAUAAUCAUUGAACGACUGAAGUAAUGUUUUGAUUUUUUAUUGUGCAAGCGCAUGCGAAAUCGAAAUUUAUAGAUAAAGUGUGCGCUUAUACAAAAGAAGGAUGUGCAAUGACAAAACUGUGUUUUCUUCAUAAUUAAUAAACAGCAACGUUAAUGCGAAAACGUUUUCGUCGUUUUACCGCAAAAUCAGAAAGAUAUUGUUUACUGUGCCUAGACAACAGCAAAGCAU